UCUGCAAAGUGAGCACGUGGAGACUAGCCUUCUAGGGUCCACUCCAACUUUGCUGUUUCAUGUUAUCCAUGAUGGGUUCCUCUCUAAGAUGAGCAUUCCUCAACGGAAAGCUCCACGUGUCUUGAGGUUUCCAGUGAGAACUUAUUUAUACAAUUCCUCCUUUUAAAAACUCUCCUUUCAUCCCCCACUGAACUCUCUUUAGCAAUAGAGAGGUCUUAUAAAUUUUUAUAAUUUGGUGCAUCAGUAAAGAGUUUAUUUCAUUGAUACAUUAACCUCCCUUGCUGACAUCACACUUUGCUAUUUUGUCCCCCCAAAAGAAAGGUGACUUUUAAGAAGCAAGCCAGAAGGUGUGUUAGGAAAAUAGAGGUUGUGGCCGGGAAAGAACAUACUAUGUUUUUUCUGCUUAAACAUACAAAAAUAAGGUAGGCCAUGCGAACAAAAUAUUCUGAAAUAAAUAUAUAUAAUUAUGCCCAAGAUAUACACACACAUGUAUAAAACCACUACCCUAAAAUAAAAGUUAAAGGUUUGAGAAGCGGGAAGGACUGUUUGGCAGUAGCAGGCACAGCAGCUCUCUCAGCACCCAGGCGGAGAGAGAAUGUGGAGACCUGGGCCAGGCUGAGCCCCACAGCCUAACCCUCGGUGUUGAUUCUCCCGGGAAAGACCAGAAGGAGCUGCUGACAUUUCUCUUAAAAGAAUCAAUGAAUCUUUGUUUCCUUCUGCCUGUUCAUUUGACCUUAUUUUGUUUCAAAACAGAGAAGGAAAGAAAGAAUGAAACGAGUCGGGUGGGGUCAAGGGUAGGCAGAAGGAACAGAGAAGAUGUCGGUGGAAUGGAGCCCACAGACAAGAUCACAGGCCACUGAUCAUUUGGAGGAUGUUAUUGUUUGCUUGCUGUAGUCUUAUUUGUUCCUGCUUCUCAUUUGAGAUUCUCGCCCUGAUGUAAUAAGUCACCACCCUCCCAGCUAUCAUCCCUGUAUUGACAAGCAAAUGUCAACCACAUUUGAUUGACAUCCUUUGCUCCUGAAUGGAAAAGUAUGAUUUACGCAUCUAUUCUACUUGUUUAUUUAAAGCUGUUCUUAUGUGUCUUAUGUAUUUGUUGCUGGGAUAACUUGCUAAUAUCUAUCUACUCUGGGGGGCUUUCCAUUAAUAUUAUAAAUCCAGGCUCUUCCUUCUCCUGCUCUCCCACUGCAAAUGGGGUCUUCUUUCCCAUAUUUUUCCUAUUUUCCCCAUCCCCCAUCACACAUGCAGGAAAUGUGCUAUGGAGCUUAUAUCUUGGGGACAGGUCUUGCCCCCCAGUACUUUUAUAAACACUGCCUGUUUUAUGUUAAGACUUUUGAAGGCAUUUUGACAAGUGAUUAUUUCUCAUGCAUGUAGCGCCUUUAAGUAAAUGCAACUUCAAAUCCAAUGGCAGCAUCUCCUGAAAGGUUGCUAGAAUUGUAAGCCUGUAAGUGGAGUACAGACGUAUACAUUCACCAGUUACAGCAUUUGUGAAAAGAACCACCCAGCCCCCCUUUCUGUGGGCAUGUUCACUGAAAGUCAUUGAGAAACGUCCUUUGGCUUUUCAACACACCUUUCUGUUCUCUGGUAACAUCUUAUUUCAUUUUAGAAGACUGGCGAGGAAAACCAGAAGGUUAAAAAAAAAAAAAAGUCACAUCUACCAUCUGGAAUAUUCUAAAGGGCCCUCGUUCUGUUAAAAGUGGCAUUUAAAAAAACACCUGAAGCACCGAUUGGGGGUGAGCCAGUAGAGAAAUAUUGUCAACCAAGCCACCUGCCUUUCAACCUUCACCUCCACCCUUCAACUGGGGCUGCUGGCUGUGGGGACCUAGGGGACUUAAGCGUGACCCUUGAGUGCUGAAGGGUAUUGCACAUCUGUCUCGCUCCCCCCAGGUAUGUCCAGCGACAGCGCUGCCAUCGCCUGAGUUCAGCAAGGGAGUAUUCAGGAUCUCACUGCUCAUCCAUGUGCAGAGAGGGAAAAAAAGAGAGGCCGAAAAAAAAAAUCCCACAUUGUCAGAGUAAUGCCAAACUCUCUCUGAGUGGGAUGAGCAGAGCAGAUGCUGCUAGGAGAUGCCAAAGCGGCUCCCCUUCCUCUGUGCCUUGGGUGCCUAUAAAUUGCUCCGGCGCGCGUUUGUCAGCCUCCUCUUCUCCUGGCAGGUGGUACCCAGGCAGAAUUCAGCGUUCAGUCUCUCUCGCGCUCCGCUCCCGGCCGCGAGGCGCUCGCCGCUGCUCGCUAGCUCCUCCGCUCCAGCCCGGAGCCUCACCGAGCCGCCGGUGCCCGCCGCCGCCGCUCCGCGCGCCCCGGGGGCGGCUGGUCCCAGCUCGCGCGGCCAGCGCGGGUCUUUGGGGAUGCGCCUCUGUUAGAUUUGCGGUGGUUGCAAAGGAGGAAACAAACCAAAAAAAAAAAAAAGAAAAGGCAGGGGAAGGGCGAACAGAGCGAGCGAAAGAAGAGAAGGAGGAGGCAGAAAAAGGCAACUUCAGACGGAAAGUUGGUGCGAACUGGCGCAGUCUGCAAAAACGGAAAAGUCGAUCGCUGGCAGCGGCGGCAUAAAAGUGUGAGCGGCCCGGCGAGCGCGAGAGGCGGCGGCUGGCUCUGCCCUCCGGGUGGCCGCGCCGGCGCCGGCGGCAGCCACAGGUGCGAAGGGGUUCGCCGGAGGCGAGAGGGCGCCCUGCGCACCCCUCCCCCAGCCCCCACCCCCAGCUCGGGACUUCAGCUCAAGUCACUUGGCGUCCGAACUCCCUCCCCAGCCGCAGCCUCAGCGGGGGGAGCAGGAGCAGGCGAGGAGCGGCCGGUGCGCGCCCGCCCAGGGGAGUUGGGGUUCGCAGGGGGUUGUUUUCGGCUCUGAGGAGGUCCCCGCCCAACCAUCAAAAUUUUGUCCAAAAGCAGACAAGAGGAUCGCCCCGCGCUGAGCCGGCUGGUGGGCAGCAGGAGGCGCCUGAUCGCCGCCGGGGCGCUGGGGGUGGUGAUGGUGCUGCUGCUGGUCAUCCUCAUCCCGGUGCUGGUGAGCUCGGCCGGCACGUCGGCGCACUACGAGAUGCUGGGCACCUGCCGCAUGGUCUGCGACCCCUACGGGGGCACCAAGGCGCCCAGCACGGCCGCCACGCCGGACCGCGGCCUCAUGCAGUCCCUGCCCACCUUCAUCCAGGGCCCCAAAGGCGAGGCCGGCAGGCCCGGGAAGGCGGGCCCGCGUGGGCCUCCCGGUGAGCCCGGGCCGCCGGGCCCCGUGGGCCCCCCGGGCGAGAAGGGUGAGCCCGGCCGCCAAGGCCUGCCGGGCCCGCCCGGGGCGCCCGGCCUGAACGCGGCUGGGGCCAUCAGCGCCGCCACCUACAGCACGGUGCCCAAGAUCGCCUUCUACGCCGGCCUCAAGCGGCAGCACGAAGGCUAUGAGGUGCUCAAGUUCGACGACGUGGUCACCAACCUCGGUAACCACUACGAUCCCACCACGGGCAAGUUCACCUGCUCCAUCCCGGGCAUCUACUUCUUCACCUACCACGUCCUGAUGCGUGGAGGGGACGGCACCAGCAUGUGGGCUGAUCUCUGCAAAAACAACCAGGUGCGUGCUAGUGCGAUUGCCCAAGACGCUGAUCAGAAUUACGACUACGCCAGUAACAGUGUGGUUCUUCAUUUGGAGCCAGGAGACGAAGUCUACAUCAAAUUAGAUGGCGGGAAAGCCCACGGAGGAAACAACAAUAAAUACAGCACAUUUUCUGGAUUUAUUAUUUAUGCUGACUGAUAACGCAGAAACUAAGCUUAUUAGUCUGAGUUUGGACACUGGAUUCGUACAGCUAACGUCAAUGAAUCAAGGAUCCCAGGGGAUGCCAGUUGCGGGGCCCCUCAGUUGUGUAUAUGUGGGGAAUUCAAAUGCUACCUGACUCACAUCUGUAUACUCAGAAACAUGAUGUAAAAAAAUAUUAAAGGCAAGAUAAGCAGAUGUGUGAUUCUCUACCGCCAAAGCAAAUACUCCUUAUCGUUAGUGUCCAUGUGAAUGAAGUCCUAUAUAGAUCACAAAUUUUUAUAGAAAAAUCUAAGACACUGAAUUAUUUCUUCAAUAUAUAUGAUCCUUUGGUGUACUGUGAUCUUGCUGCUUUUAUCCAUUUGUCAGCUUUGGUUCUCGUGAGUUUCCUUGCUUAUUAUGACACCUGGAGUCCAUUCAUAGUGUGGGGAAGAAUGAUUUUACCCUGCAGGAGAAGGUCGAAUUGAAACAAUGCUGCUUGUGUCCAAAGAAAUCGUUUGCCUUGUACUCUUGUUAACUUUAGAGCUAGACCUGGGAAUGAUUCAACUUCAAGCCUUAACCUGGAAUUUUCUGGAUUUGAGGGAAUUCCCAAGCGUAUGAUCAUUUUCACAUUUUCUUUUUCUUACGAAUUUUCUUUUCUCUCUUCUCUGGUGAUAGUCUUUAAAAAUAGAGAUGGAAAUUGUAUCAUAGGAUUACCCUCCCAGUGUGAAAAUGUGUAAUUAUGUAUGGUAUUUAGAAAUCCCCUGUGUGUCCAUUUUGUCAGUGGAAUGCGUUUAGAUUUACUUGGAAAAUUGGAGAUAUUUAUUCUUUGGUGUUAAAUCAGACUGAGGCUUUUGCCUUCUUUGGAACAAAAGAGUAUUCUUAAUCCAAUGCACAGAGGUUUAAUUUGAGCUAAUGCAUGCGUCACCAAGGGGACACUAAGUAAGGCCUUCAAGUAGUUACUACAAAUCGUGGCCUGAGGUUAUUUCAAGAUGAACAAUUUCACAUAUAACCGAUAUGACGACAAAGUGUAUAUAUUUUAUACAAAUACCUGCUACAUAUAUAUGUGUUUAUAUAUAUAUGUUCGAUGAAAUAUAAUAUAUAUAUGGCUUCAGACCAUAGGCACAGUGGCUGUAUAGCCUCAAAAAUUUAAUUUAAAAAAAUGUGUCUACACACACACAAACACACAUAAAUUAUUUGACUUAUUUUGGAUUGAAGUAUAUUUUGGAUGACAAAAAUAUAUGGAGUAGCAAAAUAAUUUAAAUGACUUAUCUUUUAAGAGUUACCCAGAAAAUUAAAUUUUAUUAGGUUACAAUGCCCUAUACAUCACAUGUCUGUAAAUUAAGCCUGUGGCUUCUUCAUUACCAUAUGCCAAUCAAUACUUUCACUGCAUUCUGUGGCAGACUGUUAAUAUGAGGACUAGAGAAACAAAGUGGUUCUUCUUUGCCACGUUUAUGAAUUAUAUGCAUUUGAAUUAUCAGUUUUUUUCUUUUUUCUCAGGUGGAUUGAAGCUCACAGUAAAGUAGACUUUGAGAAUAGUGCAAAUCCUUUCUCUCUGGUUAAAAUACACUGCCAAAAGCCAUCUCUUUAAUCUAAGAAAAAGAUUAAAAAUGCAUGUUGAUAUAUCCUAACUAUUAGACAACUUCGACUAUUACAGUGAAAAAUCUGUUCCCCUCUCAGUUGUCUGUGAAGACUCUUUGACAAGUAAAUUUCAAAAACAGAGCUUUAAAAA